UAUCAAAUAUAACUAAUUUAGUCCCUAAUUAUUAUAUCACUUUUCACGAAUGAUCUUUUGUUAACGUUUUUGUUAAGAACAUAGAUAAAAUUGUAUAUUCAUACUUCUCUCUCUCCUCAAUUAAGAUUCCUCCCUCCUCUCGUACUUUUUAAUUUCUCAAACUCGUCGCUAAAUUUAAAGCUCUAAACCCAAAACUGAAAUGAUCACUCCUCUCUCAAUUAGUAGUCUUCUUGGUGGAACCUAAAAUCAAAACCAAUAAGCUUUAUGGAUGAGUUUUAUCGUCCUAAACCAAUUUGGCCAAGUCCAUCCUCUUUAAAUACGGAGUAUAUGUUCCAAUCUCAAUUCAAUUCUGCAUCACGAGUCCUCUCCUUCUUCUACCCUUCCGCCGAACCAGACCAGACAGGGAGUUCGCCGGAGUUCGCCGGAGCUUCGCCUGAGUUCGUCACCGGAGUUCUAAACCAGAGUUCUUCGCCCAUUGAUUUGUGAUUCGUCGCCGAACAAUCGAGAGAGGUUCCCACUGCCGGGGGGCUGUUUGGUCACUGGUGUUGUCGUUGGAACUUGAAGCGGCUGUUCACCGGAACUUGGAGAUUGCCGUCAAGCCACUGCUCGUCUUUCCUCUCUGCUAAAACGGAGUUCACCGCAGAUAAUGCCACUGCUGUACUCCUGCAUCGCAGAAGGUGUUGCGUCGAAGAAGAAAGCCAAUGAGAACUCAAAGAUUAAGUUUUUAUAAAUUAUAAUUUGACCCCUAGGAUUGUUAACAGUUGCAAUUCAGUCCUUUCUUAUAAGUUGAGCAUAAAGGUAGGCAAUUACUACAAAUAAAACCAAAGGUGCUAACUAAUGAAUUGGUGGCUAGUUUUAAGUUAAGUAGGAAAUUAUGAAACUGACCUCUUAAUAAUAUUAGGUGGAUUUGAGUUGAAUUAGAUAUUGGGAAUCACAAGUUGGACUAAACUAGAGAAUAAGGUCACGCGGGUGACGUCGUUCAUCCGGUGGUCUCGAGGGUUAAAAACGUGCGCACGGUGGUCAUUGACCCUGGCGAGAGCCAGCGGGGGCCUCAACCCCCUCCAUUGCGAGAGCUUUGGAGUUAUGAGUGUGGGUUUGGGCGAGAGCCUGGAUUCCAUUACUCCCGUAAGUAUGGAUUGGGUUAUAUCUAGCAGGCAGAUGGAAUAAGUAUGCGUAAGAACUAAACUGAAUUAUAACGGUAAAUAGUGGCACAGUUGGAUAAUGAUAUUUGCUGAUUCUUCUGACAUUGUUUGAUUAUACAUUAAUGGGUGCUAGUCUAUGAGUUAGUUUUAGCGUUAGAUACUUCCAUUC